UCGAAGUCAGCCACCAAUUGGGUGAGCGGGUGGUAAUCCGGGCGUGUCAUCGGACUUACCUGGGGGCAGAGCGGUUCUGGAAGGAUGGAACAAAAACCUUCGAGAUGAUGCUGAGGGACCGGGUAGAUCAAUGAACAAACAGGUGACGGAUGUUCCAGUGGAUUGUUGGGCAAAGUCGAGGCAAACACGACCACUCAUAUACAGUAAGUUAAAGGACUGGUGUCAAAGCCACCUGAUGCACUAGCCUUGCUUCUUGGGAAAGAGGCUCCUGAGCAAACCAGACAGACUGUGCUGUCCUUCCGCGGCUUCUGCAGAUGUCAGGCAAGAUGGCUGCCGACAUGCCUGUGAGGACAGAGCAAGAGGAGCUGCAAAGGAGGGCCAACCAGGUGACAGAUGAGUCCCUGGAGAGUACCCGUCGUAUGAUGCAGCUAGUAGAGGAGAGCAAAGAUUCAGGAAUCCGGGCCCUGGUCAUGCUGGACGAACAAGGAGAGCAACUGGAGCGGAUUGAGGAGGGCCUGGACCAGAUCAACUCGGAUAUGAAGGAGGCUGAGAAGAACCUCACAGACCUGGGCAAAUGCUGCGGUCUGUGUUCCUGUGAUAAGCUGAAGGACUUUGAGGAGAGUGGGGCCUAUAAGAAGGUGUGGGGGAACAACCAGGAUGGGGUGGUGUCCGGCCAGCCGUCCUCACGCGUGGUGGAUGAGAGAGAGCAGAUGAUCAUGAGUGGAGGCUACAUAAGCAAGGUGACAAAUGAUGCACGUGAAGAUGAGAUGGAGGAGAAUCUGGGACAUGUAGGCAGCAUUAUAGGCAACCUGAAGAGCAUGGCACUGGACAUGGGCAAUGAGAUCGACACGCAGAAUGUCCAGAUUGACCGCAUUCAGGGCAAGGCCAUUCUCAAUGUAUCCCGCAUCGAUGCUGCCAAUCAGAAAGCUAACAAUCUAAUGAAGAGAUAAAGAGGAAGAUUGUCCAUUUCUUGCUGUGUGAUCUAAUCAACUCCCUGUCGUUCUGUGCCAAUAUGCGUUCAGUGACCGUUCACCCACAUAGAAAAUCUGCCAAAUGAUCGUGUAUGCCUUAUCCUAAAGCCUGAGCAGCAGGGUACACAUCAUUAUUCAUACCUGGCUAUACAUUAACCCUAGCCUGUUUACCAGUCUCUGUUCAGCUAUUACAUUCCACUCUUUGUACUCCAUGUCAUAUGCCACAUGACAAAAAAAGAGUACAAGUGGAACGCUACAGAGAGUGGUACCCAGAUACCCAGCCUGUACCACACUACUGCCAUCUGUUGGCUAGAUUAUUUUCUAGAAACUAGAUACACAUCCCCUUCGCUCUUUCACCAUCCUCCCUCUGGUCCUCUUUCAAUGCCCAUCCUCUAUGGAGCCAGAUACCUGCCAUAAGAUUGAACGUACAGUACCAGUGAAAAGUUUGGACACACCUACUCAUUCAAGGGCUUUUCUUUAUUUUUACUAUUUUCUACAUUGUAGAAUAAUAGUGAAGACAUCAAUACUAUUGGAAUCAUGUAGUAACCAGAUAUUCUUCAAAGUAGCCACCCUUUGCCGUGAUGACAGCUUUGCACACU